UAUGGCCCUGAUAAGCCUUCUUCUUCAGUCCAUCAAUUCUUCUCUCAAAUCUCUCUCUCUCUCUCUCUCCCCCUCUCUCUUUGCAAAAUUCAUUUCCAGAAAAAUGGAAAUGGAAAGUAGUAUACCGAUAGCAAAGAGAGUGUGGAACUUAGUGCGUGUGGCCUUCUUCAUGCUGAGGAAAGGCAUAUCCAAGGGCAAGCUUUUGAUGGACCUAAACAUGAUGCUCAAGCGCCGUCGCAAGAUCGCCGGCAAAGCUAUUUCCAACCUCAUGUUCCACCACCACCACCACCACCACCACGACGGCAGCUCUCACCAUCAGUUCUCCGGCCAGCACGAGUACGAGUUCAGCUGCAGCAACACCCCGAACAACUUCUUCUUCUCCAUUGGCGGCAGCAAGCGCCACCAUCACAGCCGCCACCCUCACCACCACAAUCACUCGCUUUUCUUUGCGUGUGCUCACGAGCCACCCACUCAGGAUGACGAGGUGGUGGUGAAGGCGGUGCUGGAGAUGCUGAACAAUGAGGUUAUGGUAGAGGCGUCGCCGGCUCUUCCCGGAUUUGGUCGGAGCCCGAUGGUGCGGCAGCUGAGGGUGACGGACUCGCCAUUCCCGUUGAGAGACACCGAUGGCGACCAUCAGGUGGACAAGGCAGCGGAAGAGUUCAUAAAGAAGUUUUAUAAAGAGUUGAAGAACCAGAAUUAAAUCUUCAUCGGCAUGAUCUUAAUUUAUAUAUAUAGCUCGCAACUUCAUGUUAAUUAUAUUAUCACUGAGUACAAAAUUUUGAACUUUGAUGACUA